UCACCUGUCACAUGUUUUGACGCCCAAGCAGAAGAGGGCGCUAAAGCAAUAAUAAUGAGACACUUAUAUUUGUAUAUCUAGUGAUUUAUAUGUAGUUUUUAUUAACAUUUGUAAAUUCAGUAAACAGGUCACAUAAUUGUGAAUACUGGCUGCUGUUUCUGACAGAUAAUUAAAAAGAGGGAGGAAAAAAAAGGCCCACCCGCUCCAGCGGAGCUACUUCCGCUUCCUGCGGAGCUCCGCUAGAGUCUGCAGUCAGACUCCUCUCUCUCCUCCGAGCGGCUCCACUGCCCGUGGUUCUGUCUCUGUUUCCCUCUCUGUCCCCCUGACAGCCCGGCCGGCCGGGACCAUAGCCAGACACGGUGAGGUGGGGGUGCGGGUUCUCUGUAACUGAACAAGCCGGUGUUUUCUCCGUGUCCUCUGUUUCCUCCGGGGUUCUCCUGUCUCCGGAUUGGGGCUCCGGACUGGCGAGCUGAUGGUGCCUGAAUGAGCUAACCUCCGGACUGUCCUCACAGAGCCGCACAGGCAACGCCGUCUCUGGGACUGGGACUGUUAGUGGGACUGCAGGUCAUUGUUUGGCAGUUAAUGUUUUGCCACUUCCCUCUGAGGUUGGAGGCCAGUUGGAGUUGGGCGCCGGGUCCUCAGUGGCUGCAGUGAUGCGAGCUUCUGUGGCGGGCUGCAGGAUGAGCUUUGGUGCACUAAUUAAUGGGUUACUCGUCUCCGUGAUUGCAGCCCUACUUUGGAAGUACUCCAAGCUAAGCGAGCAUGCAGCCUCACUGGAGGAGGAGUUGCAUAUGACACAGCAGUCCAAGGAGCUCUCUCAGGCCCGUAUCGACUACCAUGUUGCCCUGCAAUCUCUCCAGGAACAUGGCACCCGCAUGGUGUGUACUGGCAAGAUGCACACCGACCGCAUCUGCCGCUUUGACUAUUUGUGCUACUCCUCCGAGGCAGAGGAGUUUGUGUUUUUCCACUCCAACUCCUCUGUCAUGCUGCCUAAUCUUGGAUCUAGGCGCUUUCAACCUGCCCUACUAGAUUUAUCCUCAGUAGAGGAUCACAACACCCAAUAUUUUAACUUUUUAGAACUCCCAGCUGGUGCUUUAAAGUUCAUGCCCAAACCUGUUUUUGUACCAGAUGUGACUCUGAUCCUCAACAGAUUCAAUCCGGAUAACCUUAUGCACGUAUUCCACGAUGAUCUUCUCCCUGCCUUCUUUACCAUGAAACAGUAUUCCGACUUGGACGAUGAGGCACGUCUCGUGUUCAUGGAAGGCUGGGGUGAAGGGCCGCACUUCGACCUCUAUCGACUUCUCAGCAGCAAGCAGCCACUUCUUAAAGAGCAAUUGAGGAACUUUGGAAAAUUAAUGUGUUUUACUAAAUCUUAUGUUGGUUUGUCCAAAAUGACCACCUGGUAUCAGUAUGGGUUUGUUCAGCCACAGGGGCCCAAAGCCAACAUUUUGGUUUCAGGGAAUGAGAUCAGACAUUUUGCCAAGGCUUUAAUGGAGAAAAUGAACAUAACAAAGCAGGACGAGGCAGAGAAGGAUGGAGGAAGCUCAGAGCAAGAGAGGGAGAGAGACAAGAAAGAUGAAUACAUCGCUGUGUUUAGUCGCUCGACCACAAGAUUAAUUCUGAAUGAAGCAGAGCUAAUAAUGGCCUUAGCCCAGGAGUUCCAGAUGAGAGUGGUUACAGUAUCCCUGGAGGAGCAGUCUUUUCCUAGUAUCAUCCAGGUGAUUAGCUCUGCUUCCAUGUUGGUCAGCAUGCAUGGAGCUCAGCUCGUCACCUCAGUGUUCCUCCCCAGAGGUGCAACUGUGGUAGAGUUGUUCCCCUUUGCUGUGAACCCAGAGCAGUAUACUCCAUAUAAAACCCUCGCCACUCUACCAGGCAUGGACCUUCACUACAUUUUUUGGAGGAAUUCUAAGGAGGAAAACACUGUCACCCAUCCAGACAGACCGUGGGAGCAAGGCGGCAUUGCCCACUUAGAAAAAGAUGAGCAGGAGCGCAUCCUGACAAGUACGGACGUCCCAAGGCACCUGUGCUGCAGGAACCCGGAGUGGCUUUUCCGGAUCUACCAGGAUACUUUGGUAGACAUUCCGUCAUUCCUCAAGGUCCUCAAAGAUGGCAUGAAGAGUAAGCCUAGCCUGAAAAAAACAAAGAUAGCCACCACAGUUCACCCUGGCCGGGUCAGAGAAGCCCACUGUCAGACAUCAGUACAAACCCCUAAUGAGGCCAAACUCACAGUCUCUUGGCAGAUCCCGUGGAAUCUAAAGUACCUGAAGGUGAGAGAGGUUAAGUACGAGGUAUGGAUCCAGGAGCAGGGAGAAAACACCUACAUGCCUUAUAUCCUUCCUCAACAGAAUUACACUUUUUCUGAGAACAUAAAGCCCUUUACUACCUACCUGGUGUGGGUGAGGUGCAUCUUUAACAAGAACCUCUUAGGUCCGUUUGCAGACGUUCUAACAUGUCGGACCUAAUAAUCACAGAGCCACCCUGUCAAUUUCUACAACCUCACUGGAAGGGGCUGCUUGAUUAGAUUUUGAUUAGUCUUGGUAAAUAAAUGGUGUUAAACAGAUCUUUGCAGUUCCAGGACAGACAAAGCCGACGUGAAGACUCUCUCCGUCUUUACUGGAGGACUCCUCUGCUACUGGGUGAUGAAAACUGAGAAGUUUAUUUAUUACACUUUCAAACUCCUCUACUGAUAAUACAAGAACUUAAAUGAGCAGAUGUAUUUAUGAGAAGAAUAUUAUGAGAUUUUAGGAUUAGUCUAUACGCUGGAUUCUACCUUUUAGAGUAUGCAAUGUAGCUUCUGUGUUGUAGGUGAAGAGAUGUUAUAUAGAUAAUCAAGGUUUUUUUUACAUUUUUCUGACUUGUCUGAAGUGUGUGUGCGAACGGAUGAUUCCAUAAAUUACUCAUAAUGUACACAAUCCAUCCAAAAUCAAACCAACUUGUUCUAUAAACUUAGUUUAUACCUGCUGCGUUUACUUGUAACUUAAAUAAACUUUGUUUCAUCUGUCAGAUGGUUUGGAAAUGUACACAGUCAGUCCUUUAAAGUAUUUGGAAAAAGUUUCAGUAAAAGAUUUUAGCCCAUGCCACAAAAAUCCUUCUUUUAAACUCUAUGUUCAGAUACGUGUAAAGCACUGCCUAUUCUUAAUUUUGUUAAAUGUUAUCAUUUAUCUUGAAGUGAAAAGUACAUACCUCCCUAUCUGGUUCAGUGUUUUUUUGUUUUGUUUUCUUGUCUCAUUUAAAUAUUUCAAAUCAUCAAAUAUUAAUAUCUGAUACAAAAAAAAAACAACCAGAGUGAAUACAGAAAAGACAGUUUGCAAGUAAUGCUUUUAAAACUUAUCCAAACCAAUAGUUUACCUACCAAACAUAAUGACUGUUUCUUCCAUCCUUACCAACAACUGCCAUAAAGUGUUUUUGAUAACUGGUAAUGAGUCUUUUCAUCAUUGGAAUCUAGACUUUAACUUGGCCACUCCAAAAGGCCUUUUUAAAAGCAUCAAGAAAUUGACUUGCUGGUGUGUUUUGGAUGCUAGUUCUGCAGUAUGUGCUUAAAUUCAAUAUCACACACUGUUUGCUAGACCUUCCAGCAUUUUUCCUACCAUUAUCCAAUGGAGGUGCCCCAUGAACAUAACCGGCGUCCGCUCAUAGAAGAUCGACAUAGGUGUUCACAGUUAGGUUAGAUCACAUCGUGACAUAUUUCUGAUCCUGCGUGGUCGCUCCGCUACUUUGAACUCUAAACUCUCAAACUAGGUUUAUAGUUAACUGAUUAGCUUAUGGUAGCCUAUGGUGGCCUUGUGCAGCUGCCAGGGCCCUGCUCGUGCUCCUCCGAACUUUUGUAACUUGCUGUGGGUCACUCAUUUGGAGCAGGUUAACCUGUACCGAUAUUUGUAAGAACCCUCUACGAGGGCUCAUUUUUGGAAAAUAUUACACGUCUAACAUAAAAGCCACACCGCUUGCUUGGCAAACUUAAAGUGUAGACUCAGCAUCCUGGACGCCUCCCUGCUGAGGCGUUCCAGGCACGUCCUACUGGGAGGAGUCCCAGAGGAAGACCCAGGACACGAUGGAGGGACUAAGUUUAACGACUGACUUGGGAACACCUUGAGAUUUCCCCAGAUGAGCUGGCCCGAAUGGCUGGCGAAAGGGAAGUUCAUUUACCCAGGCUGCUGACCCCGGGUACAUGUAAAGCAAGUGAUAGAUGGAUGAACAUUGUUACUACUAACCAUCAACAGUUUUCCCUCCCCAGUGACAGUGGUCUCUGUAAUGAAAUCCGAUAGUUACUGAGAAAGAAAAAGAUGCAAUAGAUAAAGACUGAAAGAUAGAAAGAGACUGAUG